UGGACACUAGUCAGUUUCAACAUGGUUUCCCAUCACGACAGCAUUCUGUUUUGCUGCCUUUUGCUGUUAUAUCCUCUUUUGCUGGCUGCAGUCUUUUUAAAUCACAAGGAAGCAAGCACUGUGCUACAAAGGAAAAAACGAGCCAAUACCUUCCUGGAAGAGCUGAAAACGGGGUCACUGGAGCGAGAAUGCCUGGAAGAGCAGUGUUCCUUGGAGGAAGCUAGAGAAAUCUUCCAGGACGACAAAAGGACCAUGGACUUCUGGAAGACCUAUACAGCUCCAAAAAUUUGCAAAUCAAACCCUUGCCAGAAUGGUGGGACAUGUACGGACUUUUAUCAGAACUACGUUUGCUUAUGUCCUGUGGGGUACGAAGGCAGAAACUGUGAAACAGGUGAAACAGAAAAAUUAAAGUGCAUUUAUGACAAUGCCGAUUGUGAACAUUACUGUACGGAUACCCCAACUACAGUGCGAGAGUGUUCUUGUGCAAAGGGAUACAGGCUAGCCAGUAAUAAAACAUCUUGCAUCCCAGAAGUUGAUUAUCCAUGUGGGAAAAUACCCAUUUUGGCCAAAAAAAAUGAGAGUCAGCAGGGAAGAAUUGUAGGUGGUCAUGUCUGUCCUCCAGGUGAAUGCCCGUGGCAAGCGCUCUUAAUAGAAGGAGUUAAGGCAAAAUGUGGAGGUGUUUUACUUGCUCCAUCAUGGGUGGUUACUGCAGCUCACUGCUUGGAUAGUACACAUCCCAGAUUACUCAAGAUAAAACUGGGUGAACAUGACAGAGAUCAUGAAGCUGAGACGGAACAGGAAAGAAGGGUUGCUGGAAUUAUAAUCCAUGAAAAAUAUAUUACUAAAAAAAUUGACAACGACAUUGCCUUACUACGAUUAGACGCGCCAGUAAAUUUUACUGAUUAUGUGGUACCCAUAUGCUUGCCCGAGCAACGGUUUGCAGUGGAUGUCUUGUCGUCCAUUAAAUAUUCCACAGUGAGUGGAUGGGGGCGUUUAAUAGAAGGUGGGGCGACUUCCUCUCUCCUUCAGCGAGUGCAGCUGCCCCAAAUAAAGACUAAAGAAUGCAUUCAGCACACUAACUUCAAUAUUACAAGGAACAUGUUUUGUGCGGGGUACUUGACAGGGACUCAAGACUCUUGUGAAGGUGACAGUGGUGGCCCCCAUGCCACCAAAUACAAGAAUACUUGGUUUCUAACAGGGAUUGUGAGCUGGGGGAAAGGGUGUGCAGCUAAAGGCACAUAUGGAGUUUACACAAAAGUGUUACGAUACAUUGAAUGGCUAAACAAUCACAUGGUUCCCUAAUUCAGACAGUUUCUACUUUGUCUGCUGUUGUAGAUAUAUGCAGCUAUUGUUUUUGACAUCUCUCUCGACUAUUCUUUAACCAUCUUAAAUAAAUUAAAGAUCCAUAUAUUGA